AUGUCGACUUACGUCCCCAAGUCGUCUCGCGACAACGUGUAUCGGUUCUUCUUCACGGAGGGCGUGAUCGCGUGCAAGAAGGAUCGCAUGGGCACGUGGACGGGCACCCUCGGCGGUAGCACCUUCACGGUUCCGUGCAUUCAGGUGAUGCAGCUGAUGCGCUCCCUGAAGAGCCGCAGCCUGAUCAAGGAGCAGUACGCGUGGCGCCACUACUACUGGACCCUGAACGACGAGGGUAUUGCCUACAUGCGCAACUACCUGCAUCUUGCUCCGUCGGUGAUGCCGAACACGCAGAAGCCGAGCAGUGUGAACUUCGAGAAGGUGACAGAGGGUCGCGGCCGCGGUCGUGGCCGUGGUGGCCGUGGGCGCGGCGAGGGCCGCGGUCGCGGACGUGGCGAGGGCCGUGGUCGUGGCAGCCGUGGCCGUGGCUUCGGUGGCGAGCGCACAAACUACCGUGCCGCCGCCGCCGCGGCAAUGGAGGGUGAGGCUGCCCCAGCAGCGGCUGCGGAGUAG